GGCGAAAGGAAAAUUCAGUAUUUUCCGUGCGAGCGAUACGUAAGCAUCUCGUCGCUGCCGUCGUCUAUUUUUCGUAGGAUUUUCAGCAGUCUGCCUUCUUUUUCACGUGUGAAGGAACUUUCAUUUGCGGGAAGUGGGACUUGGGAUUGUGCAUCGCUGAUUUUCCAAGGAGCCCAUUAUUCGACAAAAAUUGACCCAUUGUGUUGAACAUAAACAAAGAACUGACGCAAAGGGAAGGAUUCGGAUCGAUUUUCCCAUAAAUUGUGCCCCACUGUGUACAAGGCGAAGUAGUGGGGACCCAAGUGAGAUAAAUUGUCAUUGCCGAGAUUUUCCGUGUUUUUGUUUUUGUUCGCAAUCCGGAGACGCCUGAUCGGGCAGAUUCGGGUCGGAUUGGCGGUAAGACAAGGACGAACACUGUGGGGAAAAAAGGCUACGCUCGGUAAAUCGAAGAGAGCAUGUGUAUUUACCAAAAUCCUGUGAAGAUGAUUAAUAGUUACGACGGUGGCAUAGUCAGCUGUCUGGAUUCCGGUUCGUCAUUUUGGCAAUGAAAGAUGCCCUGUGGUUUGGCCUCUUUUUGAGUGUGUUUUUUUAGGAAUUUAGGAACACGGUUGUGGAAAAUCGGAAACAGUCGAACGUAGGAGUGCGGGAUUAACAACACAAAAUAAAGGUUUUCGAAUACGGUAUAAAAAACCAACCGGGGUGAGUGAUAAGGUCGCGUUCCGUGCAAAUCUUCCGCUUAGUUGUGUUGAGUUUCGAUGCUUUUUUCAUACACCGGAAUCGAAUUUGCAAGCGAGAGGACCUACUCUAUCCGUGCAGCACGUGUCCAUGUUUUGGGGAUUUGUGUACCGCCCCGACGCCCAAUACCAAACGAGUGGAAAAUCUGAACCUUUCGUGAAAAAGAUGCGAGCAUGAACGAGAAAGGAUACAACAAAAGAGCUGCACGAAGUGUACCGAAAAAGAAUUAAACAAAAAAAAAUAAACAGCAAAUUGUGAGCUUUAGUGCUUAUACGAGUCGAGUGGUGGUGAACGUGGAACGCAAACCGAAUUCCCUGCUCGAAGGUAGCAUCUGUAUGCCGGUCCAGGUCGGGCAGAGCUGUGUGCAUGUCUAUUUCAGUGGUAAAUAUUUAUAACUAGACCUAUUCGUUUGAGCCCACAAAAUAGUUGGCAGCGCAUUCUAACCAAACAAGCUGCAUCGUGUGUACCCAAUCCUGGGGUAGUCGCUCUUUCAGGCGCUCGUUCAGACAGUGUAACAGCGAAAUACAUACAAAAAAAAAUAGAUAUAACCUCUCCGCAUAAAAAGUGACACAGAUUUCAACUAGUUUCGCCGUGCUAAAUGUGCGUUCGUAUGCACGAAUGUAUAUGUGGAAGUAAGUGUGCCAAAAAAUAAAGAAAUAACGAAGCAGAUAAAAAAUACGUUGAGAAGAAAAGGAUACUUGAAUUGAAUUCGUUGAAUAAAAGAUCCAUCCUCCGAAGUGAGCCAAAGGAAGAAGUCAGUGAAUAUACAUAUAUAAAUAUAGCGUCGUGAGUGUGGUUGUGUGUGCUUGUGUGCUUCUCGCUUGCAACCAGUGCUGCAUAACUCACAGGAGCGAUGCGGUAUAUGCUUUCGGGAUCUCGCUUAGCCAGAGUAGAGCAAGGAUUGCUUAAAGAGGAUUAACAUUUUAUUGAAUAGAAACAAAAGCUCUUUUCUGCUGAAUCCCAUUUGAGGACCAAGAUCCGGCGAAGCUGUUGAAACGUUUUUCCCCAACCGCCCACAACGAUUCAUUCGCAAGGAGCAGCAAGGAACGGCGCCGAAAGCAAGCAAAUUCGUUUUGACGUGUUAGUGAAAACUGGUUCUAAGCUGUGUUGAUGUGCAAAUUGUGAAAGUAAUCCAGUGGAAUAGUGCAUCGAAUCAACCGAAACCAUGAACAUGGGCAGCUGUAGGAAGUCAUCAAACACCAAACUCACCCAAACCAAUGCUGCCAGCAGCUACAGUAAUGAAAGCACCAUCCGCUGUAAUCAUCGUCCGGUGUUUGGUCCGACCUUUCUAGUCGUCACAACCACCUGCUGUUUGGUGUUGCUAGCCCUAGCAAUGCCCGGGACAGAGGCAGCCAUUUCGACAAGAGGAAGCAGCAGUAGUAAAAGUCUUUCAUCGUCAAACAACGGACUGGUACCACGGUUCGUUUCACGAGGACACACAUACCGAGCGGUGGUCGGUGACACCCUGGUGUUGCCCUGCGAAGUUGAAAAUCUAGGUAAUCUCGUCCUGCUGUGGCGGAGAGGUGCCAACGUACUCACCGCUUCCCAGCUGAUGGUGACCCGUGAUGAACGGAUACGACUGGUCAACGGUUACAAUCUGGAGAUCUCCGAGCUUGAGCCGCAGGAUGCGGGCGAUUACGUGUGUCAGAUAAGCGACAAAAUCAACAAGGACCAGGUGCACACGGUGGAAAUACUCGUUCCACCAAGUGUGCGUGCGAUCCCACCGACCGGCCAGCUAACGGCGCGAAAAGGUGGCGCUGUGACGCUAGAAUGCAAAGCUUCCGGAAAUCCAGUUCCGUCCAUCUACUGGACCAAACGGAGUGGAGCCGGUAAAUCGGCUGCCAAAAUUGGCGAGGGUCCUGUCUUGACCCUGGAACGAGUGGAACGGCAACAGGCCGGAGUGUAUCAGUGUACAGCGGACAACAACGUUGGCGAUCCGGUUACCGUCGAUAUGCGGCUCGAUGUGUUAUAUCCACCAGAUAUCAGCGUAGACAAGUCCUGGAUUCACUCAGGAGAAGGAUUCGAAGCCCAGCUUGAGUGCAUUGUUCAUGCCGAUCCGCAGCCAACGGUAUCAUGGAAUCAGAACUCAUUUCUGAUUCAACCAACCGACAGACGAACCAUGUCAUCGAGGGGAAACCGUCACACGCUCACCAUCCGCCAUGUGCAGCAGGAAGACUUCGGUAACUACAGCUGCGUUGCGGACAAUACCCUCGGGCGGUCGAAAAAAUACAUGGAGGUGUCCGGUCGGCCAGGGCCGGCAGAGUUCCUUUCCCCGCCGUGGAGCCGUUCACCUGAUAGCUACAAUCUGACCUGGAAAGUGGAAAGCUAUCCGCCCCUGCUGGAGGUUCGUCUGCUGUACCGGAAGCUGAUGAUGAACGAAACAUUUCAACAACCCGAACGAUGGCACGAUGUUAUUCUGACUCCAUCACCGCGACCUCUUACUGAGCCUCUCACCCACGUCAUGGCGUUCACACUUCGCGGACUCCAGGCAAGUUCAGUGUACGAAUCCAUCGUACAGGCGAAGAAUCGCUACGGAUGGAACGAGGUCAGCGACAUUUUCCAAUUCUACACCCAACGAAUACUGUCCGACAUCCACUCAGAGGAAAUGCAAGUGGCCAGUUCCACCUCCCGGAGUGGCGCCAGCUCAGUGCACCACCGAAUGCGGCUGGAAGCGGCCACCCUUUGCUUGAUGGUCUUCUCCGUCAGCUGGCUGCUCGUCAGCCGUAGUCUACAACGAAAUCUCGAAAGCUUAAGGUCGUAAAGCAACAGGCGCGAAGAGAAAAGAAAACGAAAUAGAGAUAGGAAAACCCACCCUUCAGCAGGAAGCAGAACACAUUAUUCAUUAGUGGUUGCUUCAUUGUACAUUCCCGGAUGUUGUCCGUAGCUUUGAAAAUUUCAUUUCCCAUUCCAACCUCGUCUCAGUUCCUAGGGAGUAAAAAGUUCGACUAGUUGAAAGCUCUUUUUCUGUAGUUUCCAAAACAACGACCCGUCUUUUACAAAUUGCCGCGCGUGGAGUAGCAAACAUUAAACAAAAAUAUAAAAGGUCACAAUUCGAGAAGAUGCUCCUGGAAAGGAUAACAACAAAACACUAAUCUAGCACUUGUAAGAGUCAACUGAGCAGAGCAGAACCAUGUCAACUAGCAUGUUAAGUACUAGUUGUUUUUUAAAACUAUUUUUAAGGAAGUAAAACUUAGGAGAUGCCAACGUUUAAACAGAUGUAAAGUUAAUUGGAACCCCUUUCGUGCGUCUGUCCUGAGAUAAGUGUAUCAAGUUUAAGAAGAUGGAGUUCGUGGAUAACCUCGUGAAAGCCUCUCACACAUACACAUAUGUACCAUUACUUUCAAGAAAAUAAUGUGAAAUACUCGUACUCAUACACCAAGCAAGUAAGCUAGCCAUAAACAUAAAGCAGUGGAGAUUAUUAAGCUCAGUCAUUGUCCAAGUCGUGCAAAUAUCGUUCUACAUUUUUCGCAUAAAAUCCAAAGGAAACAAAAUAAACCAAUCAAUAGAAAAUAUGGCAUCGCGAAUCCAUUACGUAUAUUUUUUUAAGGAAACAAAUUACAGACGGAAAAUAGGGGAGGCGUUUUCUUCCCCGGUGUGUUCUUCUGUUUGCUCGAUCAGAAUAGAAAUUUUCUCAAUUCAACUUUUAACGAUAAACCUGUGUAAAUGUGUAAAUGUAUUUGGACAAAGUUGACUUUAUUUCAAAUGAUUUCCAGCGAAGAUAAACAGAAUAAUACAUUAACCACGAUAGCUUGAGUGUUCGAACAAAUGAAGACGAAUGGAAGGAGAUGAACAUCCAGAGGGUCUGCUGGAACGGCGAAUGAUGCCCGAUAGUCUUCUCGCAGCCUCUGAAGCUGCGAUCAAAAUUCGCAGAAAGCAUGUUUAUCGACCAGACUUUGGAUAUGCCAUAUUUUUUACAGUAUCCCCCAUUAAUCUUUGUAAAUAAUUCAUUCCGUUUGAAUCGAAAGACGUUCAAAUUAAAAAAGAAUCCCUUCCGUGAAUGUGUAAUUCGAAUGAGGCAAGUUGGCGUUUGAAAGUUAAUGAAAUAUUUUUGAAAUGAUAUUGCACGUUGCUUUUAAUGUUUAUCAUCAUUGAAAAUCCCCACAAUAAUGAGUUUAUCCCACCAUUCACAAGACAAACAUCCAUGCUCCCGUCCCGUCAGCAUUUUUCGCAACAUCGGAAAAAAGGGAAAGCUGAAUGUAACACCUUUCCCGAAAAUAUUGUGCAGUUGCCCUUUUUAACACGCGCUUCAAAAACAUAACAAACCCUAGAACAUGAUAAGCUUCGAACGCACAAACAUGCCGGCUUGUUGAACACAGCUUUCGCCGUUGUGGCGCAAACAUCAGACAACGGCUUCGAUAUUCUGGAAAACGCAUUUUCCUCCAUCACGUCGAAUUUUCAUUAUUAUCAGUGUUUGCCUGUUAUUUUUUGCGUUGCGUACCUUCGACCUUUGGAUGUUUUCAGCUGCGGGGGCGGCUGAAAAAGCGAAUACUCAUCAUCAUCAGGCCAGCCAUAUGAACAGGAAAAACAGGUGAAUGAGGAGGGUUCAUUUACUCUGAUGAAGUCAAAGGUUUACUUUGCACAGGUGUAGGAUACAAGAGGGGAAAUAUUGAUUAUUUUUCCUAUGCCCCAAACACUCUAAAUAUUUUUUCAUGGAUGAUUACUGGUUGGCGCAUCUGUUCCAGAGCCAUCAUCAUUUUCCAGUGCUCCAGUUCAGGAGAAAACAAUCCCAAAAUAUCAUUAACCAGUUUUAUGCCAAGCGUUCGAAAAAUCGAACAGCAACUUCGAUCAUUUUUCAUGGCGUUGGAAAACAACCAUAUGGUAAGGUUUUGACAUCAAUUGAUAGUCUGUUAGUUAUCACCUACUGUCAAUUUCAUUCAAAAUUGUAUAACUUUCUUGGGCAUAAAAAUCGGAAUAAAGCCAACUACGUGCGGAAAGCACAUAACUUGACAUAGCCUAACAAAAAACAAUACCUUACAAAAUUUUAAAAUAUGUAAACUUUUGUACAAUAUUACUUUAAUAAAAGAUCACACAUUGUGCUGUAGGAAAAAAACCAUUGGAUUGAACCUCCUACAGGAACAAAAAUGUAGGUUUUGGCCAAUGUUUUUGUUCAGGCUUUUUUUUUUGAUUUUUUGUCAUUUUCCGGAAAACGGAAGAACGGAAAAAAAAUAAUUCUUGAAGAUUGGGGUUUCUGUAACGCCAAUAAUCAAAACUACACCAAUGGUUUUUGUUAAUAACAAAUAAUUUUUACAGCUUGGUCGUUAAAGGGUUAAUUAAGUUGCUUAUUUUAGAGGGUGUACUAAUUUCACUAGAAGGUUUUUUUUCUGACAUCAUUCCUCUCAUACGCCAACUUUCCAACAUCCAACAUUCACCGCAUCGCUUUCGUAUUUUAUGUAUGUUCAUUCACGUCUUGAGCUGUAUGUGUCCCAGUUUUGGGUAAGCUAAAUCAAAAUAAACAAAACGAAAACAAAAAAAAAGCGAGAGGUAAAACUCUCAACACUGUACAUUUGAAAAGUAUGCAGCAAAGCAAACACGACAGAAGUCAAAAAGUGUGAUCACUUUGUUUUGUAAAUAUUUAUAUAAAUAGAACUCUGAAACAUAGCAACUAGAUGCUAAGAUUUAUGUGGUACUGUCAAACGGCUAGGAUAAUGAUAAUCUUGCGAUGAGAAUAGAAAAAAGAAACAUGGCAACAGUAACUUAUACAACGGUGUAGUCUCAAAUAAUUGGGCCCUUGUUGGGGGGGGAAUGCGCAGUCGAGGGAAUGGACAUUAAACAAGUCAUUAGAACUUUUUAUAUUGAUGUACCAUCAAGAAACGGUAAGAAACGACGACCCGGUAGCUGAGAAUUCGAAUCAUCGCUAGAGAGUGAAUCACAGAAUCAAAUUCAAGAACCGAUGGAGCAUAAAAUGAAACAAAAAAUCCAAAAAUGCAUAGUUAUUGAGAAUAUUCAAAUGAAGUAUUGACUAGCUAUUAAUCCUGAGGAAAGAAACAUAUUUAGCUAUUAAGGGGAAUAAUCGAACGAUAUGGUAAUCAACAAUUUAGCGUGAAGAAAUGAGAAUGAGAAUCAAACAAAUGCCCACUGAGACAGUACAGAGUAAAAAGGGCAUGCCAAAAUUCGGAGGAUAUGAAUAUGUUAGAGAGGCGAAAAAACUGAAACACUGUAUGAUUAUUGGUGAUAAAUAAAUUUCAAAAUUAA